UCCCACUGGCUCCUGCCCUGAGAACCUCCACCCCACCCCCAGCCUGGCGCCCGCGGACCCAGUACACCUGUGCCAGUUCUUUCAGACCAGCAAGUCACACCCCAGGGGAAUGCUGGGACAGACUCCACGCCCCGCCCACGGCCCCUCCCCCAUCUCCCUUGGGGGCAUUGGUACCUGCCCCGCCCUCUGCACGUGCCGGGUAGCCCCAGCAGAGAGUUGGGGAGGAUGGCUACUUGCUCAGGGUGUAGCCCCUGCAGGGCCUCGUUAUCUUAACUGGAAUGGUCCAGGACCUAUGCCCUGUGUCCUGUCAGGCGGAGAGGUAACAUCAGGUUCACUUAUCCAAAAAGCAGGCUUCAGCCUCUGUGUAGACUCUAGGCCCCAUUGGAAUUCUGAAAGUAAGAGAGAGGUCAAAUGACUCCCCCACCACCCCUUAAGAUAAAUGUCAUCAUCCUUACGUUUUGGAUCAGGAGACAGGCUCUAAGAGCUGAGCUCAUGGGGCCCCCUGACUCUCCCCAUCUCCUCUCCUGGGUGCGGAGGUCCUUGCCUGACCAAGCACACCCAUCACCCAGCGUGGAAACAGGACCUGCUUAUUUCCGUCUUCUAUCACAAACUGGGCCCUUCCUGCUUUAUUUUUGCCUAUGUGAGUCAUGCUGGCUGUGCCCUAGGGGACAGGUUAAAUGAGUAACCACUGUUAGGUCCCUCCCCAUGUUUCCAUGGCCGGGAGGCCUGGGCUGGGGUUCAAGUCCAGAGCCCUCCUUUUUCCUCUGCACUUGAGGGAAACCAUGGAGGAGGAUGACACAGGUGGGGUGUGGGUCACAGUGGAGACGAGUGGGGCAGCAGAAAGCUCACGGGGGGUCAGGGCUGAAGAGGCAGGUCCAGUGGGGCUACUGCAGGAACUGAAUGGAGAGACAGCCCCACCCGUGGAUUGGGUGUGACAGAGGGAGAUGAGCCUCCGGUGGCUGAGAGGCUGUGAUGCAAUCCUGAAGUGGGGAACACAGAAGAGAAGCAGGUUUGGGGAGCCAGCGGUGACAGCUGAGGCCAUGUGAGUCUGGAUCCUGAAUGAGGCUUUAUCUCUGUCUGUUCCUCCCAUCAUCCACUGUGGCACCAGCUCCCUCGGCCAGCCAGGAUGGGACAGGCGACUGAGAGAGCCAGAGCCAGAGAGGUGAUGGUGACCAUAGCCUGGGCUGAGAGAGGAACAGGACUUUGGGCCUGCGACUGCCAAGCAGGUGGUGGGGGCACCAGGUCAUGAUCUGUACCCCCUGAUCCCUGACACUGACCUUCUGCCCUGACCCUGCCUGACUAAGCCAUGUCUGAACAAGCUCAAGCCCCUUUGGGCCGGGGGCUGCCCCCUGACAUGCUGGCAGAGCAGGUGGAACUGUGGUGGUCCCAGCAGCCGAGACGCUCCUUGCUCUGCUUCAGCGUAGCUGUGGGCCUUGUGGCAGGCUGUGGGGCAGGUGGUGUGGCCCUGCUGUCCUCCACCAGCAGCCGCUCUGGUGAGUGGCGCCUAGCAACGGGCACUGUGCUCUGCCUACUGGCCCUGCUGGUUCUGGUGAAGCAGCUGAUGAGCUCAGCUGUGCAGGACAUGAACUGUAUACGCCAGGCCCACCACGUGGCCCUGCUGCGCAGUGGUGGAGGGGCCGAUGCCCUAGUGGUGCUGCUUAGUGGCCUUGUGCUGCUGGUCACUGGCCUAACCCUGGCUGGACUGGCUGCCGCCCCUGCUCCUGCUCGGCCACUGGCCGCCAUGCUGUCUGUGGGCAUUGCACUGGCUGCCUUGGGCUCGCUCUUGCUGCUGGGUUUGCUGUUGUAUCAGGUGGGCGUGAGUGGACACUGCCCUGCUACCCGUGCAGCUGCCCCCUCAACCCAUAGUGGCCACAGUGGCAACAGCAGCAUCUUCAGCAUCUCAGGACAGUUGUCUUCUGGCCAGCGUCAUGAGACCACCUCCAGCAUCGCCAGCCUCAUCUGAUGGAGCCAGAACCCUCCUUCCCAGGACCUGUCUCAGUGUCUCCAGAACUGUGCCAGGACAUGCAUGUGUGUGACUGUGUGUACGUGUGUCCCAGGGCCACAUCAGCCCUUCUCUGGGUGCGUGAUACGUGAUUAGGAGCCCGUGUGUGCUCACAUUCCACAACGCAGGAAGGUGAGCCUGUGCCUCCUUGGACCUGCAUGUCUGUGUCCACAGACUGUCACUCUGCCUAUCUGGGUCCGAGUUCUCUAGGGAGAGAAAUGUCUGGGAUCCCAGAAGAUUCUUAACCCCUGCUUCCAACACCCCUGCAACACCCAUCGGGGUUUCCAUAGGGUGGCUGUUGCCCACCCCAGAGACUGCACAAGUGACUGCUCAUCAAGAAGAGUGACUGGUGGCAAAGCAGAAGGAACCAGAAUGAGAUGAGCCCGGACUAGGACCCCCCACACACACCAACCCCUGCCUCAGGCACCUAGCAGCUAAGAGAUUCAGCAAGCGACUUAGCCUCUCUGGCCUGUUUCUAGAGGUUCCCGUUGCCACUGUUUAUGAGGAUUAAGUGUUGCCAUGAAUGGAAGGACUGGGCUCAUGACAGAUGUGCAAUAAAAUGGUGGCUGCU